CUUAUUCUUUAAUUUAUAGCCGACCGGCUUGCCUCGACGACGCCAUGCCGAGAAGCUGAACAACACGCAGAUCAGCUAAGCAGACUUGCAUUGCUCUAGAAGUGUAGCGGCUAGAGAGAGGAGCAUGGCGCUGCUCGAAGCUGUGGUGCUCCCACCAGAGCCAGAUCACCCCCGCGUCCCGUGCUGCAGGUCGUGCGGCACGAGCUGCGUCCUUAGCGGCUACGGCGUCGCCGCCUCGGCCGGAGAGUUCGAGGGGAUCAUCGAGAGGGGCGUGGUGGUGCAGGAAGACGGAGAGCUGCCGCCCGUGGUGACGCCGCCGCCGCAUGGCGGCGCCUGGGCCGGCGGCGGCGGCGGAGCGGCGACUAGCAGCUGGGUUGGCCCCGUGCCGUCGACGACGUUGGCGACGUCGUCCGCGCGGCGGCCGGUGUACCAGCCCGCGGUCACCAGGAGAAGGCCGCGGCGCCGGAGAGGGACCGUCGCCAAGGCGGCGCGGAGGAGCCCAGUGGAGGCCGAGAGCCACCGGCAGAACCACAUCGCCGUGGAGCGCAACCGCCGGCGGCAGAUGAACGAGUACCUCGCCGCGCUGCGCUCCCUCAUGCCGCCCUCCUACGCGCGACGGGGUGACCAGGCGUCCAUCGUUGGAGGCGCCAUCGACUUCGUCAAGGAGCUGGAGCACCACCUGCAAUCGCUGCAGGCUCAGAGACGCCGCCACCCCGCCGCCGCCGGCCACGGCUCCGAGUGUUCCCCCGGGUUCUUCACGUUCCCUCAGUACUCCACCACCGCUGCCGCCGCCGCCGCGGCCAACGACGCCGACGACGACGCCAGCGGCGGCGGCUGCGAGGGUCGCCCCACGACGCGGCCGGCGGGCGUGGCGGCGGCGGACGUCGAGGCCGCCGUGUCGGAGGGCCACGCGACCGUGAAGGUGCUCGCCCCGCGGCGGCGGCGGAUGCUGCUCCGGCUGCUGCUCGGGAUGCAGCACCGCGGCCUCGCCGCGCUGCACCUCAACGCCAGCACCACGGCCGACCAGAUGGUCCUGUACACCUUCACUCUAAAGAUCGGGGACGGGUGGCCGCUCUCGUCGGCCGGCGACGUCGCGGGCGCCGUGCACGACAUCGUCGUCGCCGGCAUGGGCACCGCAGAAGAACGCCCCAUUUAUCCUGCAAAUUAAGGAAAUAUAUUGUGCUUAUUUGCAGUUGGAAAACUAAUUUCAUGUCUUCGUUUCUUUGAUUCUGCACGUGGUACCUAUCUAGUGUUUCAGCUAUGUUAGAAAUUAGCCCUCCGCGGCGAUGAG